CAGCACUGAAAGUCCUGCUGAAUCUUCCUGCAUCCAGCAUCUCCAUCAGCAUCUCUGAGUGAAUUGAGAGAUUGAAUGGCACAUUCUCAGUGACAGCAUGCACUCGAGUUGCACAAGCUUGUGUAAAGCCUGAUGAUCCACAUUAGCCAGCAUGUUUUCUGAAUCUUCCAAAGAUCAUCUUGUGUGCUUAAAUGGAAGCAAGAAAAUCUGACCUUUUGAACAAAAGUGUUAACAUGUGUUCUUCACUGGUCCAAAAAAGGUGGUAGCAAUAGACUGAGGAUAGUAGGAUAACCAUAAUCAUGGGGUCAAGCUCAUCAUCUUAUGCCCCUAAAACUAUUUACCUGGACGUGGAUGGAAAGGUUCAAAGGGUCAUUUUCAGUCGACACUGUAGCCCAUGUGACAUCAAAGAGCUUCUUUGUUCAUCAUCCAAUCUUGCCAGAAACACUGCUAUACUUUUGGUUGACAUGGAAGGAGCAUUGAUAUCUAUCGACCCUGCCAUGCCUGCAAACACUCCAAACAACUUGUAUAAGGUCGUUCCCCAUUGCACAAGCCAGGGAGGAGAGAAGGAAGACAUGUUCCAGAAUGUUCUGUCACAAGUGGCUGAACAAUUCAGCAGGGCCUUCAGGAUUAAUGAGCUGAAGACGGAGGUGACCAAUAGACUGGCCAUGUUGGAAAAGAGAGUGGAAUUAGAGGGGCUGAAAGUGGUAGAGAUUGAGAGGUGUAAGAAUGAUCUGAGGAAACUAAGGGAUGAGAUGACCUCUAGAGGAGGAGUGAGAGUGACCUGCAACUGCAAAUACAACUUUACAGAUGAUGGAAAGAAACUCUCUCCCAGGCGAGAUGUCCCAAGCUAUCCAAAGUACACACUUUCUCAGGAAACUAUAGAGGCUCUGAAAAAGCCCACCUUUGAUGUAUGGCAUUGGGAACACAAUGAGAUGCUAAGCUGUUUGGAGUAUAUGUAUCAUGACCUUGGACUGGUUAAGGAGUUCAACAUAAACCCCAUUACUCUCAAAAGAUGGCUGCUGGGAAUUCAAGAAAAUUACCGUGACAACCCUUUCCACAACUUCCGCCAUUGCUUCUGUGUAAGCCAGAUGAUGUAUGGAAUGAUCCAUCUGUGUAACCUUCAGGAUAGGCUGACUAUGACAGACAUGUGUAUUCUGAUGACUGCAGCAGUGUGUCAUGACCUGGACCACCCAGGAUACAACAACACAUACCAGAUUAAUGCUCGCACUGACUUGGCAGUGCGCUAUAAUGACAUCUCUCCACUGGAGAACCACCAUUGUGCUGUGGCCUUCCAGAUCCUUUCUAUGCCCGAGUGCAACAUAUUUGCCAACAUAGAUCCUGAAUCCUUCAAAAAGAUACGACAGGCAAUCAUUACUCUGAUUCUGGCGACGGAUAUGGCCAGACAUGGAGAGAUACUGGACUCCUUCAAACAGAAAGUGGACAACUUUGAUUUUACCAAUGAGGAACAUGUCAAAUGUCUCAAGAUGGUCAUGAUCAAGUGUUGUGACAUCUCCAAUGAGGUCAGACCUACAGACGUGGCAGAGCCAUGGGUGGACUGUCUACUGGAAGAGUACUUUAUGCAGAGCGAUCGAGAGAAGUCGGAAGGUCUUCCUGUUGCUCCAUUUAUGGACCGUGACAAAGUCACCAAACCAACGGCACAGAUUGGCUUCAUUAAAUUCGUCCUCAUCCCAAUGUUUGAGACAGUCAUGAAGCUCUUUCCUCAGAUCGAGGAAAUCAUGGUACAGCCUUUGAGGGACUCUCGUGAUCAUUAUGAAGAGCUAAAGCAGAUUGAUGAUGCCAUGACAGAGGCACAGAAGAAGAAAACAGAGAGCAUGUCUUUGGGUGGAAAGAAGAAAUAGACAGCCUGCUUCUUUUAUGGGAUCUCAAGCUGAUCCAGUUCCCAGUUUCUUGAAACUGAGGUCUAGAACUGUUUGGGCUCUCCAAGGUUCAAAGACAGUUUUGGACCUCUUCUGUGUAUUGAGGCAUGAAGAAUGUCCACAGAAGGCAAACAGCAGUAGUAUGGAGAGGGGUCAAGA